GCAGCAGAUGCUCUCCGGACCAUGAUGUAUGUUACACACACUGUUGUGACGUUGUUGUGUAUGCGUGUACACAAACACACAUAAACAUUCACUCCUCUUUCGGCUCUCCGCCGAGACUCCUAUUUCCCCUUCCUCGGGCUGCAAUGAGUAAUUAUACACGAACCGCUGCUGUGUAGUGUCGUCGAUCAUAUAGGUAUAUGGUGUACAGAUCAGUAUUUGCCAGUGCAAUUUACACACUAGUGCAGUAGUUUCGUGUCUAUGUUAUAUUGUAUAUGGUAAUACACACUCAUGCAUGUUUAGUGUAUAGUGCUCGAUGUUUACCAUAAAACUCGAAGAAACAUGUGAAUCUGUCAGUGCGGUCGACUUUUUGCUUUACGCUCAAACGCGGGGUGCGGUCGCUGUCGUCGGAUGACACCGAUAGCCUACAUGCUCUAGAAGCCCUACGAAUUGCAGCAAGCCAACCAGCCAGUAGCACACAGUGUUUGGCCUCCGAAAUGAGAUAAGCCCCAUUAUCUGCCACACGAAUCCGCACACCACGUCUACGCAUAAUAUAACAGCCAACGUCCGCGAUCUUCGCAGCGAAAUUUACCAAAGCACAGCAACGGCACAGCAGUAGUCAUGGCGCGGCCGCUCAGUCCCAGUCAGCAGAAGCUGGCAGAGAAGCUCAUAAUUCUCAAUGACCGCGGCACCGGUAUGCUCACCCGUAUUUACAACAUCAAGAAAGCUUGCGGCGAUGCCAAAUCCAAACCCGGUUUCCUGUCCGACAAGACCCUCGAGUCGUCCAUCAAGACGAUCGUCAGGAAGUUUCCCAACAUCGACAUCAAGGGCCUUCAAACCAUCACCAAUAUCAAGAACGAGAUCAUCAAGUCUCUGUCGCUUUAUUACUACACUUUUGUAGAUUUGCUAGACUUCAAAGACAAUGUUUGCGAGCUACUGACAAACAUCGAUGCUUGUGGAGUCUACAUGGACAUAAGCAUCAACUUCGAUUUGACCAAAAAUUAUCUAGAUCUCGUUGUCACUUACAUCAGUUUGAUGAUCCUGUUGUCGAGGGUCGAGGAUCGCAAGGCUGUCCUGGGCCUUUUCAAUGCUGCCCACGAAAUGGUACACAGCCAGUCGGAUCCUAGUUUUCCCAGACUGGGCCAAAUGAUUAUGGACUAUGAUUCACCGCUGAAGAAGCUCUCUGAAGAAUUUGUGCCUCAUGCCAAAAUUUUGAAAAAUGCUUUGCUAUCUCUCUGGCCUAUUUAUCCAGGCCGGAAUGCAUCCGCUGAUGCUUGGAGAACGGAUCAAAAGUUGAGUUUAGUGGGCAGUCCUGGACAAAUUUUAAAGGCAUCUGCAACAGAUACAAUGUCAUGUGAAACUUUGAGCUUAGACAGAAUUGAAAGAUGGAUCAUUCUUGGCUUCACUCUCUGUCAUAAUAUUUUGAAUCAAGAACAACCCAGUAAAUUAUGGACAAUAGCUUUAGAGUCAGGGUGGGUUUUAGCUCUUUUCAGAGAUGAGGUCAUUUAUAUACACCAAUAUAUACAAGCAUUUUUUGAAUCAAUCAAAGGUUACGGUAAAAGGGUGUCAGAAGUUAAAGAUUGUUACAAUCAAGCGGUUCAAAAAGCUGGUUAUAAGCAUAGAGAGAGAAGAAAAUUUUUGAGAACUGCAUUGAAGGAGCUAGGUUUAAUUUUAACUGAUCAACCAGGACUUUUGGGGCCAAAAGUUCUUUUAGUAUUGAUGGGACUGUCUCAUGCCAGAGAUGAAGUAUUGUGGCUUUUACGACAUGGAGAUAAUCCACCAAAUCAAGGCAAAGGCAAAGGAAGAGGUGGUGAAGAUUUAGUAGAUCGUCAGCUACCCGAGCUAUUAUUCCAUUGUGAAGAGCUUAGGGCUCUUGUGAGAAAAUAUUCUCAGGUUCUGCAGAGAUACUAUGUACAAUUUUUGUCAGGCUUUGAUGCACCCGCAAUGCAUCAGAUGAUUCAGAAUUUGCCAAUAUGUCCAGAAGAAGAAGGUGCAAUAAUGAGUGACAUGUGCUCGACCAUAGCCAGUCUCACGGUCAAGCAAGUGGAGGAGAACGAACUCUUUGACUUCAGGCCAUUCAGGCUCGACUGGUUCCGCUUGCAAGCGUACCUGUCGAUAGCCAAGAGCAGCAUGAAACUCGCCGAUAACCGAGAACUGGCGUCGUUCAUGGACACCACAGUCUUCCACACGAAGAUGGUCGACAGCUUGGACGACGUCCUGGUGGAGACAUCCGACCUGUCGAUCUUCUGCUUCUACAGCAAAAUCUUCGAGGACCAGUUCCACAUGUGUCUGGAAUUUCCGGCGCAGAAUCGCUUCAUCAUCGCCUUCCCGCUGAUCUGCAGCCACUUUCAGAGCUGCACGCACGAGCUCUGCCCCGAGGAGCGGCAUCACAUACGCGAGCGCUCGCUCUCCGUGGUGAACAUGUUUCUGGACGAGAUGGCCAAGGAGGCGAAGAACAUCAUCACGACGAUCUGCGACAAGCAGUGCAGCAUGAGCGACAAGCUGCUGCCCAAACACUGCGCCGCGCUCAUCUCGCAGGUGGUCAAUCGCAAGAAGAAGGACAAGAACAAGAAGAACAUGAUGGAGAUACGCAAGCCGGGCUCGGAGAGCUAUCGGAAGACCCGCGAGGAGCUCACCACGAUGGACAAGCUGCACAUGGCCCUGACGGAGCUGUGCUACGCCAUCAAUUACAAUCCGACGAUCAACGUUUGGGAGUACACCUUCGCGCCUCGGGAGUACCUGCACCAGCACCUGGAGACGCGAUUCGCCCGUGCGCUCGUGGGCAUGGUGAUGUUCGACCCGGACACCAACGCCAUCGCGAAGCCCUCGGAAUUGUUCGUCAGCGUCCGCGCCUACAUGAAUGUCUUGCAGACGGUCGAGAACUACGUGCACAUCGACAUCACUCGUGUGUUCAACAACGCCCUGCUGCAGCAAACACAGGCGCUCGACAGCCACGGCGAGAAGACCAUUGCCGCAUUGUACACGCAAUGGUAUUCCGAGGUGCUGCUGAGGCGCGUCAGCGCCGGCAACAUCUGCUACUCGGCCAAUCAGCGCUCGUUCGUGUCACUCUCGGUCGAGGGCACGAUACCGUUCAACGCGGAGGAGUUCUCCGACGUCAACGAGUUGCGCGCCCUCGCCGAGCUUAUCGGCCCGUACGGCAUGAAGAUGCUGAACGAGACGCUCAUGUGGCACAUCGCCAGCCAGGUGCAGGAGCUGAGAAAGCUCGUCGCCUCCAACAAGGACGUGCUCAUCUCGCUGCGCACCAACUUCGACAAGCCCGAGGUCAUGAAGGAGCAAUUCAAACGUCUGCAGCACGUCGACAAUGUACUGCAACGCUUCGGCAUUAUAGGCGUCAUACUGAGCUUCCGUCAGCUGGCCCAGGACGCCCUCGUCGACGUACUCGAGGAGCGCAUACCCUUCCUGCUGAGCUCGAUCCAGGACUUCGGCCAUCCGAUGCCGAGCGGCGAGCCGGUGCGCGUCGUCGCCGAGAUGACCUCGGCGGCCGGGCUCGGCUGCAAGGUCGAUCCGGCCCUCACGGCCGCGUUGCGCACCAGCUGCAGCGGCGGCAUCCUGAAGAACUCCACGGCGCCGGCGCAGCCCACGGAGCUCGACGAGGACGAGCACGUGCUCGUCUGUCUGCUCAUGGUGUUCGUCGCCGUGUCCAUACCCAAGCUGGCGCGCAACGAGAGCUCGUUCUAUCGGGCCUCGCUCGAGGGCCACGCCAACAACAUACACUGCAUGGCCACCGCCAUCAACAACGUGUUCGGCGCUCUGUUCACGCUCUGCGGCCAGAACGACAUCGAGGACCGCAUGAAGGAGUUCCUGGCGCUGGCCUCGUCGAGCCUGCUGCGACUCGGCCAGGAUCCGGACCGCGAGGCGACGCGCAAUCGCGAGUCCGUCUAUCUGCUGCUCGACCAGAUCGUCCAGGAGUCGCCCUUCCUCACCAUGGACCUGCUCGAGAGCUGCUUCCCGUACGCGCUCAUACGCAACGCCUACCACGACGUCUACAAAUUGGAGCACGUUCAAGCUUAACUGCGCUCGUCGGCGGCCCGCGGCGAGUCGCGAACGCGUUGAAAUCUGUACCGACGUCUGGCCAUAAGCGCGUUUCGAUCGAGCUCGCGAGAGAUGUUCAUUCGCUCAUUCAUUCAGUAUUUCGUACUAUGAUUAUGUUAGGAUAUAUCAUUCAUUCAUUAAUUGAGCUUAAAAAUCCCGUCUGAAAACAAUUCAUACAUUUAUAUUAGGCACUGGCCGUAAUUAACUGAAAUCGCAUUUGACGAAUUUGUAUUGCACUUUUAUACGUGUAUUAUAAUUAUAUAUA